ACUGCUUUGUGCAACAGAUCACGUUUCCUGAAGUUGUAACCUUUCACAGAGGUUCAUGUUCAGAUGGAUUUGAUGUACUCAUCAGAGGCUUAUUCAGCUAAAUCAUCAUGCAGUCAUUGUUCACCACCUGUUAUAAAUAUGGCUGUGCCUCAAGUUUCCAGCUUACAAAGUAGCACUGGCAGUGGGAAACAUGGCAUCAGAUCUAAGCCAAAAUGUCAAAGUCUAAAGUGCUAUUUCCAAGCAUUAAUUUGCAGCACUGAAUCCAUAGCAUGCACAGUUUUUGCAAGUAAGACCAGCUUAAUAGUUUAAAUUAAGAGAGUAAUUUCUGAAAACUUGUUCAUGAAAUAAAGAAUUUCUCUAUUGUACUUCCCAAGCACUCCCGCGGGGUUGAUGCUUGUUAGGCUCCAUGAAAGUGUGAUGGGGUUGAGGUCAGGUGACUGUGGAAGAAAAGCGCACAAAAGACAGCACUCUCUGGUCUUCUUUCAAGUAGUUCUUGCACAGCUCGGAAGUGUGUUUGGGCUUAUUACGGCGCUGCAGUAUGAAUCCUUCUCUACAAAGGUGCAAGCCAGAAGGUGGAGCAUGUCCCUAAAUAACUGAGUGCUACUCUUUGGUCAGACUGUCACUGAUUUAGUGCAGGUGUCAAACUCCUUGCUCAUGGUUUCCCUUUGAAAUUUUCUGCUGGAAACUGGCAGGACAGCCAAAUUUACCUUAGCCAAGGAGGUUGUGUGAUUAGUUUGAGCUGCCUGUUCUAAUUUGAGAGCAGGUUUAAUCAAAAAGUUAUGGAAAUAAGGGGGGGAAAUGGGAGACAUUAUCAUGAUGUUUUGAAGAAAUACCACAAACUAAUCCAGAUUGAGAUAAUCUGAACACUGCUUCAACAAAAGGGAUGCAAAUCAGUGACUUCUGAUUACGUGCACAAGGGGGUUAGAGUGGUCAGUGCUAAAGAAUUACUUAAAAUAGUGCAGAAACAUUACUUUUUCACUUCACAAGUUUAGAUGUUUCUAACUCUUCAAACUUUCUGUACUUGGUUGUGUGUUUGUAAAGCUGAGAAAAAUGCACUUUUGACAAUCUUAGAGUCUAUGAAAUGCAUAAACAAGGAAUAUUCUUUUGGGGGGGCUUGUUGCAGUUUACUUCCAGAUGAAGUAAAAAACAAACACUCUUCCCUUUUAAACUGUAUGCCAUAACAACAUAUGCUUUGAACAUUUCUGAGAGGAUUAAUAGAUUAGAGGAAUGCACUGCCGGAUUCACUGAUACUGAGAAAUAAUGGCCUGUGGAGUUAAUGGUGAUUUGUAUCCGUCUACAGACAGGUUUGGCAGACGCACAUCAUGCCUCAUUGAGAUACUGCGAGUGAUACAAGGUCAAAACCUCAAUGAUUCAUGAAGAAAAGCGUAGACAGUGGGUGAAGGCUGCCACUUUAAAAUCUGCAGGCCAGGGCUGCCACUGGAUUAACUAAAUGAACAGUACUUGGGAAUAAUACAAUGGCCCAUUCUCAUUCAGUAUAAUCCUUGCAGGUAUUGCAAGCAGUUUCAUAUGACUCGGCAGCAAAAAGGCAACUACAAGCACCUCUCUGAAGAAGUGUUUUGACUAUAGGUUAAAACAGAAUACAAAUGUCAACUUCCCCACCAACAUCUUGCGAUUGGAUGCUCCUGGUUGAACAGAAGAAUAUAAAUGUCCGAGUUACAACCAUGGAUGCAGAGCUGGAGUUUGCCAUCCUGCCCAGCACAACUGGCAAACAGCUUUUUGACCAGAUAGUGAAGACGAUUGGGCUGAGGGAGACGUGGUUCUUUGGGCUUCAGUAUAAGGACAGCAAAGGCUUCUCAACCUGGCUCAAGCUGAACAAGAGGGUGACUGCUCAAGAUGUGAAGCGGGACAAUCCUUUGUUGAUCAAGUUCAGGGCCAAGUUUUACCCCGAGGACGUCGCCGAAGAGCUGAUCCAAGAGGCAACUCAGCGGCUCUUUUUUCUGCAGGUAAAGGAGAGCAUCCUAAAUGAUGAUAUAUACUGUCCACCUGAGACUGCGGUGCUUUUGGCCUCAUACGCUGUUCAGGUCAAGCUCGGAGACUACAGGGAUGAUUAUCACGUACCGGGAUAUCUCGCAAAAGAGAAGCUGCUGCCACAGAGGGUUUUGGAGCAGCACAAGCUGAACAAGAGUCAGUGGGAGGAAAGAAUCCAGGUGUGGCAUAAAGAGCAUAAAGGGAUACUCAGAGAAGAUGCAAUGUUAGAGUACCUGAAGAUAGCACAGGAUCUGGAGAUGUAUGGGGUCAACUAUUUCAACAUCAAGAACAAGAAAGGCUCGGAGCUGUGGUUAGGGGUGGAUGCACUGGGGCUAAACAUCUAUGACAAAAAGGACAAGCUGACUCCAAAGAUUGGUUUUCCCUGGAGUGAGAUCAGAAAUAUUUCCUUCAACGACAAGAAAUUUGUCAUCAAGCCCAUCGACAGGAAAGCUCCGGACUUUGUCUUCUAUGUACCUCGCCUUCGCAUCAACAAACGCAUCCUGGCAUUGUGCAUGGGGAAUCAUGACCUGUACAUGCGCAGACGUAAGCCCGACACCAUUGAGGUACAGCAGAUGAAGGCCCAAGCUCGUGAGGAGAAGAACAAGCGACAAAUGGAGAGGGCUCUGCUCGAGAGUGAGAAAAAAAAGCGAGAAAAUGCUGAGAAGGAAACAGAGAAGAUUGCUCGGGAGACCAUGGAGCUGAUGGAGAGAUUGAGACAGAUUGAGGAACAGACAAAGCGAGCUCAAGAUGAGCUGGAGGAGCAAACUCGCAGGGCGCUUGAGUUAGAGAAGGAAAGAAAAAUUGCUCUGGAGGAGGCUGAGCGCCUGGACAAAGACCGCAGAGCUGCAGUAGAGGCUAAAGCAGCCCUGCUGCACCACUCUGAGACCCAGAUCAAAAAUCAGGAAAACCUGGCCACUGAGCUGGCAGACCUUACUUCUAAGAUCUCUCAGCUGGAAGAUGCCAAGAAGAAAAAGGACGAUGAGGCGAAAAGAUGGCAGAAAAGGGCAGUGAUGGUAGAAGCUGAUUUGGAGCGAACAAAAGAAGAGCUGAAGACUAAACUCAUGGGUGUCCACAUCCAGGAUUCGGUCCACUCUAACAUCCUCGACCACGAUGAGACGGAUGAGAGCAGCGCAGAGGCGAGCGCUGAGCUGACUUCACCGGGGAUGGUCCGAGAUCGCAGCGAGGAGGAAAGAGUCACAGAGGCCCAGAAGAACCAGAGACUACAGAAAAACCUAAAGUUCCUGAGCACCGAACUGGCUCGAGCUGUAGACGAGAGCAAAAAGACCCCCAAUGACCUGAUCCACGCUGAGAAUGUGAGGGCGGGCCGUGACAAAUACAAGACCCUGCGUCAGAUUCGUCAGGGCAACACUAAACAACGCAUCGAUGAGUUUGAGUCCAUGUGAGCAGGAGUGCUGUCGGCCCGCUCAGCCUGGAGGAGAGAUUAAGUUCGGAUGAGCUGGACACACACAGAGAUUUUAGAAGUCUAGGGGAACAUUAUCACGUUAAUCGUAAAUUAAGCUUAGGAAGGACAGUUUGAACCCGAAAACAAAUUAUAUUAUAGACAAUGUUGACGAUUUCUUUAGUAAGCAAGUCAGUGAGAAUGUAGCAGCUGUUCUUCUAGAUGCAUUUUUAAUUUCACACACACCCACAUUCCCACUUCUCAUUUGUGAACAGGUUUGCUGUUGCCCUUAUCAGUCUGAUUACAUCCUACUGCACUUCCAAUAUAUCCGAUUGAAAACCUUAUUAAUGUUGAUUAAUUGAAGCAGUGACAUUUAAGGCAAAUUUUUUUAUUCCAGCAAAAUGUGAAAUCAUCUUUUCUUUAUCUCGGAAAUAGAAGUAAAAAAUAAAACAGAGAGACACAACUGAUGUGGGUUGGGUGCAUUAUUUUCCAUAUGAGCAAUAUUGGGUGUCUAAUGAGUAAAUCUGCUGCCGGUUAUCAGUUUUAAAUGCAUGUUUGUGUAAUAUAAUGUAAUAUAGACGAAGUUAACUUGCCACUGUGGUGCAGGGAUGUGGCUGGGGGGCCUUAAAUUCAACUGGCCCUGUCAAUGAAAACAUGGGUGGAAAUGAACCUUUUUGGUAUAAAUGCACCUUUGUAAGCAUAUUCUUUAAAACUUUAUUUUGAGAAAUGAGAACAAAUUGCUGUAAAAAUAAAAAUCUUACAACAUGAUUUUACAGUAUUUCAAACAUACAGUAAUAUUCUGUAAACAGCAAUGCAUUCUGGGAGCUUGGAUAAAGCUUAUACUGUAAAAUUCCAUAUUUAUAGAUGCAUUGUGGGAUUUAAAAUAGUCCUAGGAAUUUUCAGCAGUGUAUGGAGGGAUUUCUAGUGGUGGUAAGUGACUUAUUUAAUUCAUUUGUUAUUUUAAUAUUUCCCUCUUUGUGUUUAGCAGCUUUAAAUUGGGCAUUUUUGAAAGUAAUGUUAUAUCACCGCUCGUUGUCUGCUAACAAGGUUAAGGUUAGCUUGAUUGUUGCUGAUGCAAUCAUUAGUGAAUGCAGAGGAGCUUUUGGCACUGAUACAUAAGGUCAGCUUUCAGUAUGAAUCAUAAUUUUGCAAAUCAGGAAUGUAGUUUAUGGUUAAAUUAAUAAAAGUUGAUGUGUUCAGCAAGUAAUACCAAACCUUUUCAUUAUAUUUAUUUUAACAGCAUCUCUAGGUUUUUACAUAAUUGUCCUGUAAAACAAAUUCAGCAUCAUCCUGUAAAAAACUGUUUACAAAAACUACAGGGCAGCCAACCCUGCUGCCAAUAGUUUUACUCAAAAUUUUACAGGGUUUUUCUUACAGUGUUCAUUAUGUCUUUUACUCUUAAAGAGGAACCUAAAAAAAAGAUGGGUGCACAGAUUUUUCUUUAUUUCGCCAACUCAGUACGAUAAACCAUAUUUCUGAUUAAAACCAGACAGAAUUUCCUUGUCUUGUCCUGCAAAGCACAACAUUUUUGAUAGGAUUUUCUCAUUUCCCAUGUGCCCACCCUGAAUGUGAGUGUGCGCCACUCACUCCCUCUUGUGUCACCCCAUUAAAAAAAGGGGGGCUGCCACUACUUCUUCUGUUCCUGCAAUCCAAAAAGGAAGCUUUCCACAAACGCCCCAACCCAAUCCAGACCUUUUUUAUGUACUGGGUAAAAUUAAUAAAUAUAUAUUUUUUCCUUUUUAGCUAUUUAGACAAUUUGUAGUCCCCAGCCCCUGUCGUGCUGCUGAGUCAUCACAAGCUCUCCAAAAAUAAAUAGUUGAAAGCACAGCGUGACUACCUAUCAGAGCCUCCACUGACCACCCAGUUCUUUUUAAUUAUUAUUUUAAUGUGUUUAAAACACAUCAAUAAUUGUGCAGUCUGGUUUGUUGGUAACCUGAUUGUCUGUGCGAAUCAGACCGAAAAACACAAGCAAGCUCUAAGUAAACAAACUACUACACGGAGUGCUUGCAGAGAAACCUGACGCAUGAAACGUACAAAUACAUGUAAUGAUUAAUCGCGGCUAUGCUCUUCAGACGCCAUUAGAUUUGCACGUAAAAUAGUGAGAGGCACGCAGCUAGGUUUUAAAAUUGAUAAAAGUUAACCUACACUGGGUUCAUUAAUCACUGUCUGUGCCAAAACCAAUUCUCAAUAUGCUGGUGCUUUUCUUUCUUUCUUUUUGGUUUCCCGAUAAUUCGUGAGGCGAAUUUUAAUCCUGCGUUGAAAAAAAUAAAUAAAAGAAAGUUACUAUAAAAGUGUCGAGAAGCCCUCGUCAUUCGUAAAUCAGACCGGCGGGACGUCCCUUCCCUUUCGUAACUUACGUCGACGACUGGUGUGCAUUUCCCAUCCGCCGAGACGCACGAGUGUAGUGUCACUGGGUAGGCGUUUUCUAGCCUGGAAAGUGUUGUUUUGUUUGUUCGCCGCGCACCCAGUGCACUCUUAACUCUGAGGACCGG